GAUAGUGUUCAUAUUUCGUUCAACACAUACACUCUAAGAAACAUGGCCUUGCCUACUGUUUUCCUCGCUUCUUCUCUAUGCAUCCCACAAACCCAAAACAGGCCCUUGAGUGUCCCAAAGUCACACUCAGUACUGUCCCCAGCGACGUCGUCGCUGAUUCUGCCGCCCCAAGCGACAAAGAAAUUCCAUUUCCAGGACCAACCCCUGAAAUCCAGUAGGUCGGUUGGCACAGUGAAGGCAUUGCAGAGUGAUGAGAAUGGCAGAGUUUAUAAGAAUGUGGAAGUGUUCUCGUGGGAGCAUCUUCAUGAAUCUCUGGCUCAUGAUGUCGUUGAACUCUCCCGACAGGCCAUCGACGAUAAAGGAUCCUUCACGGUUGCCCUGGCCGAUACCUCUUCCAUCAGAUUCCUCAGCAAUCUGGUGAAAUCUGAAUACAGCAACAGAAUAGAUUGGUCCAAAUGGCAGUUUUUUUGGGUGGAAGAGGAAGUGUUCUUGCCGAGUUAUACGUUAAGGAAAACGCGAUUUUUCCCCAACGAGAUCCUCCACAGGGUCGCCUACGAAGAAUUUCUCUCCAUGGUGCAAAAGGCUGGGACUUUAAAUGUUGUUACCAUUGACUACGACAUAUCAGCUAAGGAAGAAGCAGCCGAACGUUACUCGAGGAACCUCAGAGAGUGGACUGAAAGAGGAUAUUUAAGAUCCGCGGCAUCGGGCCAUCCUAAGUUCGACCUGAUGUUGCUGGGCAUGGAGGCAGACGGACGCGUGGGUUCUCUGAUCCCCAACAAUCCUGUUCUUGAUGAGAGGGACAGGUGGGUGACUCACGUGGUGCACGAGACCGAGACGCGACUGACUCUGACUCUUCCGGUGAUCAAUUCUAGUUCCUACAUAGCAAUGGUGGUGACUGGUGAAGAUAAUGCUAAUGCAGUUUAUUCUGCUCUCAAUGAAGAAAUUGAUCCACAGGCUCCUCGCAAGAUUCCUGCUAAAUUCAUCUCACCUCUGGACGGACAACUCGCGUGGUACUUGGAUAGACCUGCUGCUUCGAGGCUCUUCAAGCAAGAGCUCCACGUCGACAAACGCUUUUAAGAUCGAUCACUUCAUAUUUGUAUCUUUGUUUUCGAUCGUUGGACUAUGAUCUCGACGUCUUUUGAAGAAAUAAAUCGUAGUCUGUUGUAUACGUCUCGCAGAUCGAUGACAUGUCUUGCUUUUGCGUUCGUUAUGCAUGGUUUUUCAUGUGUCGUUAGUUUAACUAGUAAGUAUGUAUGAAAGUAUUUUUUUUUAAUAUAAGUCAUAUGUAAUUAAUUUUUAUUAACGUGUGAAAUGAUAAAACAUAGUUCAAUAA